AUGUUAAUAAGCCAGCUUAGCGAUAGUGUCGAUGGUAAGUUCGCGUACUGCCUAGUUCAUUAUUCGAUCAAACAUGCAAAAAGUAAGAUCAGCUUCGGGGCUGGCGCAAUUAUGCCCGGGCGCAGCACCCCGUUGGUAUCCGCCUAUUAUGUCACAUUGGAAGGGAUUAGUGUCCAAAAUGUGACAUAUCCCUUCAUGGUUGGUAAUGAGAAAACCUAUACGAGAAUUCCUUGUAUGAGUUCUGCCUUGUUAGAUACCGGCUCUUUUCUAUCUUAUUUGCCGACGGAUUUAUACCAACAAGUGGAGAAAGUAAUAAAAAGCGCGGUUAGAGUCCCACCAAUUCCAUUUGGCUAUUUAAAAAAUUGUUACAUAUUCUUUCCAAACUUUCCUACUAUCAUUUUCUAUUUAUCUGGAGGGGUUGAAUUAGUUUUGACGCCGAGAUACACAAUCAUUAACUAUAGCGGCUUAUGGUGCUUCUCGAUAUACCCAACCAAUGAUGAAACUAUAAUUGGGAGCUUGUUACAAAUGGAUUACAUGAUUGGAUAUGAUCUUGAGAAUAAGAGUGAUUCUACCAACUGA